GCCAAAAACCAGCCCUACGAAGGCCAUAGCAGAGCGCUGGGACGCAAAAAUACGCCAAAAAAGACCACAGCGCUCGCCACGAAGCAUUCUCAAAAGACCACAGCGAUCGGAAGACGAGAAACCAUGGCCACCAUGCUCAAAGCCAGUGUGCAGAAGCUGAACCCCGCCACGACCUGCGUGCUCGUCUGCGACGUCCAGCAGCGCUUCACGGAGAUCAUCUUUGGGUUCCAGGAGCUCGUGAAGUGUUCGUCUUAUUUAGUGAAGGUCGCGAACGCGUUAGAUCUGCCGGUCGUGUGCACUGAACAAUAUCCGAAAGCAUUCAAACAGACCGUGCCUGAACUUUCUACAUUAAUCCAGCAGAAGGAAAAAAAUCGAACGUUCGAGAAGACCAUGUUCUCGAUGGCGACGCCGGAGGUCAUGUCUCAUCUGUCUUCGAUGGGUAUUGAGUCCUGCGUUUUAUGUGGGUUGGAGACGCACGUCUGUGUGCUGCAGACGACGUUGGAUUUGUUAGAUCAAGGAUUACAUGUCCACAUUGCGUGCGACGCCGUGUCGUCCCAACGGCCGUUCGACCGAUCCGUUGCUUUGAAGAGGUUGGCGGGCGCGGGCGCCGUGUUGUCUACCUCGGAGGCGGUGGUCUUCCAAUUACUGAAAGACUCGAAGCACCCUCAUUUCAAGUCCGUGGCGCCCUUCGUGCGGGAGAACGCGGAGGACGCGAAAAGUAGCCCUCUCCAAGCGCUCUAAAAAGGUUUGUUUUUAUACCUAUGUUCCCA